GAGAAGAUGAGGAGGGAGACACGUGAAGCCCCGGUUGACUACAUCGAGCGUCCGCGCCGCAUGAUCGACUGUCACUGCCACGUCAUCGACGUGGAUCUUGCUCACCUGGAGAUGCAGAAGCAAGCUUGCGUCCUCAUGGGCAUGGACGUGCCUCCCUGGCUCCUGUCAUGCUCCGAGCGGCUCUCAGAUGCCAAGGAGCAGCAGGCGCAAGACAUCAGCCAGGCUGUCUGCACCAGGACCUUUCUGGACGCUCAUCGAGACUACAUGCUCUCGAGGAUGAGCCAACGAGUAGAGCCGAGAGUCCUAGAAUGGUGA